AUGUACCCCAUGUCACAUCUGAGGAAUAUUAUCGCCACAAUCUGUUCAUUCCAUUCCUUUGACCACAUCACACAAGAAAUGUCUUUAAGAUAUUCUACAUAAAUUAUCGAACGCUGGACUGUCUACUUAACGUUAAAUAUUUACAGAUAUAAUGCAUGAUUGAACAAACAGGCUUAUUCAUCACAGGGAUUUUUUUUUCAGAUUUGGGUCCACUCAGAAGACUGCCGUGCAAUUGCUUGGUCUUGUGCCAAGUGCCAUUGUAGCGGGCACAAAUGUAGACAUAGCUGAAGUCCCCGAGAUGUCAGAUCUCCCAAUUCCGCAGAAUCUCGACAUUGAAUAUGAUCGUUGGAUGAGAAAAUGGCAAUCCGAGACGGACAAACCAGACGCGCUUCAACCUGCCUUACAGGUUCGAAGUAACUCAAUUUGUUUAUAUUCAAAUUUCCCUUAGGCUAACAAAUGACAGAUUUAUUGAUUAUACUUUCUGUCUAUCUACAGGCUUGUGAUCCCAACAUCCUUCUGAACAUCCACCUGUUGUUGCGAAUUGCAUGUACAAUUCCAGUAACAUCAGCUGAUAACGAACGCUCAAACAGCACUUUAAAACUAGUCGAGUGCUGCUUACGGACCACGAUGACAACCGAGAGACUCUCUUGCCUGGCUUUGAUAAGUAUUCAAUAUGAAAAGCCUGUCGAUUACGAUGCUAUAGUUCAGAAAUUUGCCGAACAACAACCUCGUAGAAUGUUACUCGUUGACCCCAUUUUUGAGGAAUCUUACGCGUGACUUUUUAGAACACAUUAAAUAGCGAAGACAAAUAUGUUACAGUGAUUUUAGUUUCAUUUUCUAAGAGUCAGUUGAUCUCGAUUAUUGUGAAGACUUGAACGUAGUCCUUGUUUAAUGAAAUAGCUUUAAAAAGAGAUGGUUUGUUAAAGUAUUAAACCAUCCACUAUCAUCCCUCAAAACGCCGGAAAUCGCAUUUCCGAAGACUUAAACUUCCAAAUUUCUCGGGGGAGCAUGCCCCCGGACCCUCCCAGAUGGGUCCACCUUCGGCGACCCAUUUGUUCGAACCCCACUUUUUGAAAUCCUGGAUCCGCCCCAGCUAUUUGAAACAUCAAAGGAGAGACUCUCUAUAACAUUUGUCACUCCAUUUUGCAUCAAGCAAAUGAAAGGAAUAAUUAUGCCUUAACAAAGAACGAG